GCCUGCUGCUGCCGCUGGUUUUCGCGGUGCCGCCGCACCGAAGAAGUACGGAGAUCGUCGAUACAAGGGCAAGCACCCUCGAGACGGAGCUGCGGCAGCGGCUACGCCCGACGAUGAGACCUACGAAGAGGAAUGGGCCGACGAGUGGGCCGAAGAGGACUGGGCCGAGGACGACUACGAGGAGUCGGAGAUUCCACCGAGCUCGGCGGAGUUUCGACGCACCCGUGGUGAUCGCAAGAAGUGGCGCGGAGGACCGUGCCCGGCCCCGCCUCCACUCGAGGCUCGGUUUCAGAAUAUCUACAAGCAGCCGAGGUACUACCAGAAGUGGGUUCGGAAAGUGCACAUGUGGAAGGCCAGGGCGCGACACUACAAGCCGAUGGCCGAGCUGGCCCUGGACCUUUCGGACGUCAUCACGGGCGAGGGCGCAGAGAUGAUCGAGUCUUUGGAAUGGACCCGUCUGUAUUCACAAGAUGGCAUCGAUCUGGUGAUCAACUCACUCGCCGUGUUCGACGAGCAGCAGAUCCUACAAGUUGGAGACCUCAUGGAAGAGUACGAAGAAGUGGAGCGCCUGCCCGGUGAGCUGCUGGCCGCGUACGUCGCGCAUUUCAAGGAUCUCGAGAUGCGGCUCAAGCGGGCAGAGCUUCCAGCUCAGCAAGGACAAUUUCGUGCGUUCAAGCUGUUGCGAAGUUCAUGUUUGUCGCCGGAGGUUCGGCGCAACCUCCUCCUCGCGACGGGCAAUGAGUACGACUUCGACCGCCUCGUUCAGGCUAUGAGUGUGCAGUGGCCGUCCACCGCCCCGAACUGGGUUGCUCCAGUACGACGGAUGGCACGCAAGCGACUCGGUGAGGCGGCCGCUCCUGAACGCAAGCCGGCUGGUCGAGAUCACGAUAAAGGAGGCGGCAAAGGACGAGAUCGACAGCCACAGAAUCGAGCUCCUCGACCAGCGCCGAAGCCGCCCCACGUCAGCGAGGCCGACAUUAUUCCCGAAGACGAGGCUGAGGAAAACGAAGAUGAAGACGACCCCGAUCAAGCAGAAGUAAAUGAGGCUUACGCCGAGGAGGUUGACUGCAUCCAGGUCAUGCAGGAGGCGGCGGACGCUUUGACCGUCACAAGCGACAAGCUGAAGAAGCUGACCUUGGGCCGCGGGUGGACCGGAAGCGCCGCCCGGCAGGUCGCCGCAAACAUCGCCAGCACCGCCACAGAGAGGCACUGCGACGCCGCCGGCCGGCACGUCUUUUUCAGGAAGCAUUCGUGGAACGUUUACGGGAGAUCGAUCCGGAGAUUCAAGAGCACCGGCGGCAUCUCAGAGGCCAGGGUUUCGCCAGACGUCAUCGAGGCCCUAGUCACGCACCUCUCGCCUGACGAGCUGCAGCAGCGCGUGGCCGCCUUCAAGAGCAGGGUCGCCACCAGCGACAAGGGGGCCUCUCGCGUUCGAUUUCAGGCAGCGCCAGAAGUGCGUCAGUUUUCCGUGGAUUCUCGCGGAGCUCAGGCGGCGAGAAGCGGGACAAAAUCAUCGCAUCAGGUCGACGUCAUCUGGCAUGUCCGGACGCCCUUGGACGUUUGCUUCCUCGAGGAUUCCCAGGGUUUCUACAUUGUCAUCGACACAGGUUGCCAGCGCAACGUUGUGGGCUACGAGUGCUUGGGGAAGUUUCUGGAACAUAUCGCCUACCUGGGAUUGAGUUUCUGGGAAGCUGAGGAGCAAGAGAGGUUUCGGUUUGGAGUCAGUCGUGCGGUGAGCAAAUCUGUGGUGUAUUUCCCGAUAUGUCUUGAACAUGUGGUGCCCCUGGUUUGCCGUACCUCAGUCUUGGACGUGAACCCUAAGUUGCCUUUCUUGGGACCGUUACCGAUGUGGAAGCUCUUGGGCCUCCAGCUGGACACCUUGGGGGAAAGGGCUCAUUUCGCCAAGAUCAACCUGUGCGACGUGCCCCUGAAGAUUGCCCCGAAUGGCCACUUGCUUCUGAGAGUCGACUCUUGGUUGAAGGAUGUGGGGUUCCCAAGGGAGCCCGAGGCCUGGAAGUUCACCCCCUCGGACGUCAUCAUCCCGGAGCCCCAGUGGAUCCCAGAGGAGGCCCGAUCGUCUCGUCGCACAGUCCAGCUGACGAGGCAGAACCUGGCGAUCAACGCGUGGACGAACCUGAUGCAGCUGAUCAUGAACCACCUGUCGCACAUCAUCGGUCGCAGUCGCGAGCAGUUCCGGCAGAACUUGGAGAUGUCGAGCCGGAUGAUGGGCACGAUCGCGCAGAUGGGCCACGAGAUGGGCUACCUGACACCGAUGGCGGACUCAGCGAAGGCGAUCGCGAGAGGAGCCGCACAGGUUCCGGAGAGCGUGCUGCCACCGCCGCCGGCACCGGAGGAUCAAGCCCAGAACUACUCACAGCUGUGCAAGAAGAGGGACGCGUGCGCCCAUCCGACACCGAGGAGGUACUACGCCAAGGGGUACUGGCUGAUCUGCGACCAGUGCGGCCGGCGGUGGAAGUCGGUCAACGGGAAGUGGAUCGUGGACGACAAAGAAGAUCCUCUUCCCUCCCCAGCGCCGGGGACCGAGAUGGCGAAGAGAGGCGCCUGGAAGCGCCUUCUCGGCAUUGCUAAGAAGACGACCGCAGCCUGCGAGACGCUUAUUAACGUGAGUCAAGAUGCCGAUCGCCGUGCUGCCGAUUUACGAGACGCGGAAUGGUGCUGUUCGGACGUGGCCUUCAUGGACAUUCCCGUUCCCGAGUUGCCCGACUACCUGUACCUGGACAACGAGUGCCAGGCGUGCCGCACCGACCUCGUCGAGGGCUGCGCCGGGACAGCAAGACCUACGCGAUUAGCUUCACACUUUGAGCUGAGGGCCUCGCCGAGCGCCGACAUAGAGGACGGCUGGGACUUGUCAACUACGCGAGGUGCUCAGAGAUGGAAAGAUCAGAUACAGAAAGACAAACCACUCUACGUGAUCGUAGGCUUCCCCUGCACGCUCUGGUGCUCCUACAACGUCAAUGUGAACUACGUCGACCAUCCCGAGCUGCUUGAGAGACUUCGUGCCCGGGAUCGACGGCUGAUUGACUUGAUCAAGUGGACCAUCGAAUACCAGGUGAAGCAUGGCCGGUUCUUCUUGUUCGAGAACCCGCCGACGUCAGCGAUCUGGAAGGGCCUCCAGUUCGCCCCGCUCCUGCCCUUGGGCGAGACCGUUAUUGGCCAUGGGUGCCAGUGCGGGAAGACAGGCAAGACUGGCCUGCCGAUUCGCAAGGCGUAUCGCUGGUUCUCCAACUCGCCGCCCGUGCUUGCGGCUCUGAGCCGCCGCUGCCCAGGACUUCGCCCGGAGUCCGGGGGCCACUUGCACGAUCAGAUCGAGAACUCGAAGUGGACAAAGGCCAGCGGCGAGUACACCGACGAGAUGGCCCACGCGAUGCUCCACGCGAUCCAGCAGGUCGCCGCCCAGAGGAAUCCGAGCAGGUUCGCCGACAUGCCGGUCGCGGCUACCGAGUGGGAGGCCGCCUACAACCACGCAGGUCCCAUCGAGGUGCUGUUCGCCUCGCCAGAGAAGGACCCCACCAGGUGGGAGGCGGUCAUGCAGGGCGUCCGACAGAUCGUGGGCGGCUCCGCCAGUCGAGGCGGGAACAAGGCCACGCAUUACCUUUCGAAGUCAUCCGCGCUCUGGAGACAGAUUAGCCAGCUCGUCCCGUGGGACCUCACGAUGAUCCAGCUCGUGAAGACAGCCAAACAAAGGAGGUUCCCCAUCAACAAGGAGCCGUGGUCUCACCGUGGUCACUGCUACGUGGACGAGAAGGGCCAUUACCACAUCGAAGCCGAGGACCUGGUUGACGUGGCCUUCCCGACGUUGGCCUUGUCGCCGCCAGCGGACCUAGCCGUUUUCUUCUUCGGCUAUGCCAAGCAGGAGUCCCUCCCGCAGGAGCCUGACACGUCACAGAUAGAGAAGCGAAUGCCGCUUCCCCCGGACCCGAACGACCCGAUGCUGCCGAACAACAGCCUGCCGCCCGAUGAGGACGACGACCUGCAGGACGUCCCGAUCGCUCGGAUGCCUGACGCGUCCGGCGGUAUGGCUGGCAUACGUUUUGUUGGAGUGACAAAGGAGCAGUGUCCUCGUGAAGUUCGCCAGCUUGUCGCUCGUAUGCACUGUAACUUGGGGCAUCCUGUGCCCAGCGAGUUCUUCCAGUUCCUGGCUCAGAGAGGCGCCUCGCAGGCCACGCUGCUGUGCGCCAGAGCGCUGAGGUGCCCGGCGCGCCUUCGUCGCAAACGGCCUCAGCGACAGCGGGAGUCACAGAUUCCAAGAGUGGGUCUGUUCAACGACUUAGUCAAGGGCGACUUGUUCUACGUCAUGACCCACGACGCCGCGUUCCUGGACAACUGCCACACGUUGGGAAUCGACGUGAGGUACGUGCCGCCGGGAGCUCACUGGCAGCUGGGCCUGGCCGAAUCCGGCAACUACGCCUGGCGCCGAGUCUUCGAGAAGGUGAUCGACGUCAUCCUGCCGACGAUGCCAGAGCACGUGGACCUCGCGAUCAUCUCGACGAGCCACGCCGUAAACCAGUCAGUGCGCCGAGCAGGCCGCACCGCCUAUGCCGCCGCCUUCGGACGGGUACCCACGCUUCCGACCGAGCUCUUGGCCGACACCACGUCCGCCGAGUUCUGGCACAAUUGCACCCAGGAUGAGAUGCUGGCCUACGGGGAGAGAUGCCGCAUUGAGGCGCUCAAGGCGAUCGCCGACCUGGAGGCCGACGAGGCGCUGCGCACCUCCAUCCUCCGCCAGCCUGUCAACCGCAAGGAGCACGACUUCCUCUCGGGACAGCGCGUGGCAGCCUGGGGCGAGCAUGGUCGCAAGCGACGGGGCAAGACGCCCGUGGCAGGGCAUCGCCCAGGCAUUUUCUGUUUCUGGGAUUCCGGCACCAACGGCUACGGCGAGGGCGAGUCUGCCUGGCUGCGGAUCGGGCACCGCACUGUGCAGGUGGCCCGCGAACACAUACGCCCAGCCAUCGGUUUCGAGGGCUGGACCCCUUCCGAGGAGGACCUCAAGGAGCUCAAGACGGCCGAGCAGGACUUGGCGAAGGCCGGCCAGGGCGACGCUUCGAACAUCACCAUUGAGGGCCCCCCUGAACAACAACCCGAACCAGAAGAUCCGCAAGCACGAGUGCUGCCGGGACCUCUUCCGGCAGCCCCGCUCGAGCCCAUCCUGGAGGAGCCCGCGCAGGCCUCUCUGGGAGACAACGCUACCAAAGAGAACUUCAGGAGCGCGUCAGCCGACGACGCCCCUGAAGCUGCGCCAGAUGCUGAACUUCCUCAACUUACCGACGCCGGCAAGAAGCUGAUCUGCCAGGUCGCGGUCUCGAAUGACUGGCGAGUCGGGACCGGAGACGCGGAGAGCGCCUUUCUCCAGGGAGGCGCACAGAGUGAGCGCGAGGAGGCGAUCUACAUGAUUCCGCCCAAGGUGGUUGGCAACCUGUACGGUCAGUCGACGGCGCCGUACCUGUGGUACAAGCACGUGGUGACGACCUUCCUGGCGCUGGGCGGCAAGCUCCACAGCCUCGAUUCAGCUCUCUUCUUGUGGUUUUUUCCGAACAACGAGUUGGCUUGCGCAGUGGGUAUGCACGUGGACGAUGCUCUUGCGGCACACCAUCCCAAGUUCGACUUCGCACCGAUCGAGAAGGCUAUUAAAUGGCGAGGCUGGCAGUGGGACAACUUCGUCUUCCUCGGCGAGGAGUACCAGCGCCUGCGUCAAGGUCCGUACAGUGGAAGUUUGUUUGUUCAUCAAGCGGCCUACACUAAGGCGAUUGCAGUCACGAAGGUUGGAGUUAUGUCCAGCACUCGGUCUUCUUUUAAGCUGACGCGCUCGGAGCGCGAAGAUCUGGAGUCUGCUGUCGGUUCGCUCCAGUGGUUGUCCGGACACGCACGUCCAGACCUGUCAGCCGCGGUUUCCCUUGUCCAGAGGACCGACCCCGAGCUGAACGACCUACGGAUGGCCAUGAAGCGCGUAGAGUACGCGCACCGCACAGCCCAGACUGGCAUCCUGAUCGUCCGCGUCGAUUUGAGCCGCGCCUGCUUCGUAGGUUUUGCAGACAGCUCAUGGGCGAACGCUCCGGGAUUGAAGACCCAGAUCGGCACCCUCAUCUUUCUGGCAGACGAGGUGAUACUCACCGGACCCACGUCAUGUACUCUCUUGUUUCACAAGUCCAAGAGAACGCCGAGAGUGGUGAGAUCUACGCUGGCUGGGGAAGCUAUCGCGCAGGACCUGGGAGUGGACUACGCGUCGUACUUGUCGAAGUUCCUGUCCGAGAUGCUGACCGGACGGCCUGCUGGCCGACACCCACCGAUCUUCGAGGUUAUCACCGCUACCGACUGCAAGUCUCUGUACGAUGCCCUUCACCAGCUCACCCCGCGUUUGUCUGAGAAACGUACUGUGAUCGACGUGAUUUCCAUUCGUGACGAGGUGAAGGUCAAGAACGUCAGGUGGAUCCCUACGACGCACAUGAUAGCCGACGGCAUGACCAAGGAGGAUCCGAAGCUUCGCGAGAAUCUGACCGAGUUCUUGGCGGACCCAGUGCUUUCGCUCGUGGAGUCGAUUGCUUGCGAGGAGCUGACCG